AGGGAGUCACAGGAAGCGGACUGAUUUCACGGUUACACGCGUACUUAUGCUUCCUGUAGGAGACUUGGACGCGGUAGGCACUUUGUGGUCAUGUUUAAGAAUGUUUUGAGCAGAUUGCUGACUGAAACCUUCUUUGUUGAGCGUAAUGUGAGAAACACGCCGUUAUUACGGAGGGUAGCUGCCGUCUCCGCGCCGGUGAGGAGCUUUACGGACGUGAAGGACGAAGCGCAGCCGCCUUUCGACACCGCCCUGCUGGAGGUCCUCGUAUGUCCGCUGUCCAAGAAACCGCUCAGAUACGAGCCUAAGACCAACGAGCUGAUCAACGAGGAGCUCGGCAUUGCCUAUCCUGUCAUCGACGGCAUUCCCAACAUGAUCCCUCAGGAGGCCAGACUCAUUCGGAAAGAUGCUUCAGACACACCUGCACAGUAACAGAAAAGCCUUCACUUUGAGUUGACCUGAGCAAAAACAAACUGGACGCUGGCUUUAAAAAAACUGUUUGACUAAAUAAAAUUGAGGUGUUGGA